CCUUUCAGCAGUCCCGCGCGUGGAACUGAACCGUGAGGAUACGGAGAACUUGGUCCCUCUUUGGUAUUUUGGAAAUUCAAAAUUCAGGGGAUGACGGCAGAAUCGCGCUACAGAUUCGUUCGAAGAAUAAAGGAAACGAAUAGCGACUGAAGAAUUUUUCGAAAAAAAAAAAUAACUUCUCCCUAAAGAUCAAAUUUCGAGAAUCUCAGACCACGAGAAUCCGGAAACUUGUCCUUCGUUCAUCGCGUGUAAUGAAAUUUCUGAAAUUAAAUACGACACUCAAUUAGUGCUGAUUGGUGGAAGCUGAGCGUGUCAUUCGGACGUUUAUGAAUUAUUUUAUCAAACGUAAUAAGUGGUAUAAAGAUUAUAAACUUCCAGUAAUCCACAUAAAACUGGUAAAGAAAACCUGCACGUGAACCAAUUAACGCUACGUGUUGUCGCGUUAGACUUCACCUUGACAAUCGUGCAUCAAACUUGUUGAUUAAGCAACGAAGGAAACCGAAGUUAACUAUAAAGAAUUAUACCUACAUACACACAUAUUUAUAGGUGGAAACGAACUAGUUAUAUUAUACCCAUGGUGGUUCAUGUCACUUGCGUCAAAGCUUGGGGCUUAUCAAGAUCAUUGUAUAUUAAUUAUUUUGAAAGACCUUUUUUAUAUCGUUCGUUAUUAUCCUAUUACGAGCUCCAUUGGGUUGAUACAAACUCAACGACGACGUUAUCGCAAUUUCGGCUGCGGAAAAUUCUACGCACAUUGACCCGAACUAGUUAAAAAGCGAAAGAAAUCGCCCGAAUCGAGGAUCAAUUUGAAUCGCCCGCAAUUGUUCGAAUUGAUUGGAUAAAAUUGGGAAGACAGCACCCGUCCGAGUCAUCCGUAUUUCGUCCGGAGGAUAAGGAGAUCGAGGAAGCUGUGCUGACGGAAAAAGUGUGAUCCAAAAUUUGUGCUUCACUUAAAAACGGUGUAAAAAUUUGCAAAUUCAAUUUUAAAUUUGUUCAAACUCGCGCUAUGAAACCAUUAAAUAUCAUCAUACCGGGAAAAUCAAAUGUUUCAUUUGAUGAUUUGAAAAAUUUUACGACAUAUACGAGUCCAGAGAAUAAAAUUUCAGUUUGAAAAAGGGAAGAGAAUAUAAAAGAUAAUAAAAUAAUUGAGAAUAAAAGUAAAAAAAUUCCAUCGCGUCAAUGAGUAACGAAACGAACUACCGGGUCUGUCGCGUCGUCGACACCUGGCAGACCCUUCGAAAUUCUGGGUUCUGAAAAAACCAGUUUAUCAGGUACAAAACUUUAAAUACAUUCUUUCAUCUAUGUAUAUUCUAACGCGUAUAUACAUACAUAGCGGUAAAGCUAACCGCCAAGUGAUUAACUCUGAAUAAAGUGUUGAGUAAAGAAUUUUUUUUUUUCUUUUUCUUAUUUCUUGUUCAUAAUGAUUAAAUCACCUGGGUAAGUUAAUUAUUCAUAUGGAGAUCAACACUGAAGUGGUGAAAUCGAGAGCGAUCUAUAAGGCUGAACUUUGUCGCCGUGUUUGUAUAAUUAAAUAUACGUACGAUGUGGUUAUACAGACGACGAUCUUCGAGAAUCGUGCGAUUAUGAGUGCGUCCUUAUUGAAAAAGAAUUGAAAAAUUGAGAGAAAUCAAAAAAAAAAAAAAAAGGAAAGACUUUUCGUUACAUAUCCCUACAUGGACGUGUAAGGCAUGUGAUAACACAUGAAUAACAUCGUGUGCACAUACCGAGUGUAACGACAAAUAAUAACAUAUUUUUAGGUACCUCCCAAUCAACGACUAAUUGAUUAACUACUGUACGCGAAUAUAACCCCAUUGAUUCCAAUUGACCAAUCACUUGACAAAACGUGUACGAUAUAGUAGGUACGAUGGUAUGAAGACCAAUUGAGAAAGUGUAACAACUAAACCUUAUAUAUAUAUUCAUGUAUAUACAUAUAAAUGAUAAACCCGAAGAACUGGUACCAAAAAUAAAAAGAAAAUAAAACUGGCCUGACUUUGCUAAUUAAAAAUACAUUUGCAUUCCUCAGUUUUUGAAAUUUUAUCUUCAACAUAUAUGAUCAAAGUAGUAUGUAUAUAUUUUAUGCAUGUAUACAUAGAAUAUGUAAAGUGUGAUCGGAAAAACCAGAUGAAUUUAAUUAUAACCAUUGAUGAUCAUUGGCAAAAAUAUAAAUCCACUUCUCGUUUGAAACAAAGCAACUGGAAGUGAUCAACUUAAGAUAAAAUGAAGUAAAGAUCAAAAGAACUAAGAGAAAAAAUUGUAGAAAAGAAGAGAAUUGAGUAAACGAACUCUGAAAACAGGAGAAGACAAAACUGCCGAAGACUCUAAAAAUAAAAAAAGGAGGAUUCGGAAUAAAUGAGAAGCUUUUACAUUAUAAAAAAAAAAUGAGCGGACGAGAUUUGCUCGAGGGUUUCUCUAAGGAGACUCUGAAGUUGAUACCAUCCCACAUAUUGAAUAUAAAUAAAUCAUCCGACAUGUUACCAGCCUGUGAUAAUUUUUUGAACGUUAACGGGACGUCGUUCGAUCAAAAUCAGUUAUCUAAUUCGACGGACUUAUCGUCGAAUAUAACGAACAUGUACAAUGUGAAUUGCCUCGAACAUGCACCCCAGUUGACGUACAGUGCAUACGUAAAGUCGAUAGUGUUAGCGGUGAUUGCCUGUCUGAGUCUUUUCGCAAAUUUGGCCACGAUAUAUUCGAUAAAAAAGAAUCGUCGCAAACGCCAAAGUUGUACGGCAAUCUACACGCUCAUUUUACAUUUAUCGGUGGCCGAUCUUUUGGUUACGGUAUUUUGCAUAGGAGGCGAAGCGCUAUGGAGUUACACCGUUGCCUGGCUGUGGGGUAAUGCAGCUUGCAAGAUAUUCAAAUUUUUGCAAAUGUGGGGCUUGUAUCUCAGCACCUUCAUACUAGUUCUUAUCGGCGUCGAUCGUUUCGUUGCCGUAAGAUAUCCAAUGAAAAGUCUGAAUACUGCUCAACGUUGCAGUCGACUUGUUCUUUUCACUUGGAUCCUGUCGUUCAUCUUCAGCAUACCACAGGUGGUGAUAUUCCACGUUGCCAGUGGACCCUUCGUUGAAGAAUUUUGGCAAUGCGUUACUCAUGGAUUUUAUACGGAACCGUGGCAGGAACAACUUUACACUACCCUCAGUCUGAUAUUCAUGUUUUUACUUCCGCUUCUGAUAUUGAUUGCAACAUACGUAUCGACCGUCGUGACUAUUGCUCGAAGUGAGCGGGUAUUCAAAACUGAACUUGCCAACAGUAACACAAACCACAUUUCCGGGGACGUAAAUCGACGUCGUUUGAUGCAUCGUGCAAAAACAAAAUCUCUACGCAUCAGCGUUGUCAUCGUAGCGGCUUUCGUGAUAUGGUGGACACCCUACUACACCAUGAUGAUAAUUUUCAUGUUCCUAAAUCCCGACAAACACAUGAGCGCGGACCUUCAAAGCGGGAUAUUCUUCUUCGGAAUGAGCAACAGUCUGGUCAAUCCACUGAUUUACGGUGCGUUCCACCUUUGGCCCCAGAGAAGACGGAGGCAGGGAAGCCAUUGCAGGGAUGGUUCAACGAUGCAGCAUCGAAGUACGACCACGAAUGCGAGCUUUAUGCUCGUCCCAAGGGGGGGUAGCGCACGUCUGGUACGGCAGCCAACCAGAACUUCAAAUUUAGCAUUAAAUCUUAACCGGGCCUCCCAACCCCAAGAGGAUACCCUACUGGUUCACCUCAUCCAAGACGAAUCGAAGAACAAUAAUGAAAAAUCAAACAAUGAUCGACAAUCGGCUCGAGUUAUUCUCCGUUACAACGGACACGGCAACGGUACCGGAAAUGGAAAUAUAUUAAACGAAGGAAAGCUCGGUAACAAUAACGUCUGAAAUCACUGACUAGUCUCAACGGUAAAAAAUUAAUGAAUAAACAAAAUUAAAGAAAAAUUCUAUUCGUAACUUCGCUAUGGAGAUUGCGGUUUUUAGAAUAAUUCCACCGAUACGGAGGUUCGAUAUUGAAUGUACGAAGAACACAGAUAUUUCUCCAUAAAUAAUCCUAUACGUACAUAUUUACGCAUAUAAGUAAAAUAUUUAAUAAUUAUUGCUCCGUUGAUUAAUACUGCCUGAAUAAAAAAAAAAAAAAAAUAAAUAAAUAAAAAACUAUGCAUAAAUAUACCGAUUAAAUUAGGAAGAUAUUAAUUUUUUUUUCAGCAACCCAUCAUAUUUGCCUUAUCGUUAUUUAUAUUAUCUGCUAUAUGAUAUUCCAUACGCACCGAAAAAAAAUUUAUCAAUGUAUAAUAAUAAUCAACUAUAUACGUUGUAAAUAAUAAUGCAUGCUGUGUAGCGUAAUUAUCUAUAUACGCUUAUAUACGUGUAGCAUAUACGUUGUUUUCGAUAUAACUACCUCAUCUGUCAGCCUAUAUCACGUAAUAAUAAUAUUAAUAACGAUAGUGAUAUUAAUAUCAAUAAUUCUGAUAUGUGUGUGUCUAUUUUUGAAGUAUGUAUAGAUAACAAUAAAAAAAUAUUUGUGUAAAUGGAACCACGAACACGAAUGAGAAUGGAAAAAAAUUGGAGUGAAAAAAAAAAAAAAAAACACAGAAGAACCCCAUGGAUAUACAAAGGCAAUUGAUGUAAAUUUCACCCCGUUCCUUUCUUACCUGAUAAAAAUAAAGAAGAAAAGAGAAAUAAUUACA